CGCGGCGGGGCGGGCGGGCGCGCGGGCCCGCGGGGCGGCGCGUGGAUGGAUCCGCGCGUGGCCUGGAUCCAGCCCGAGCAGAAGGGGCCGGCCAAUGCCCUGUGGAUGCAGAUCUGGGAGACCUCGCAGGGCGUGGGCCGCGGCGGGUCGGGCUUCGCGUCCUACUUCUGCCUCAACUCGCCCGCGCUGGACACGGCGGUCGCGGCGGGGACGGCGGGGCUGGGCGGCGGCGGCGGGGGCGGCGGCGGCGGCGGCCUGGCGGGGCCCGCGCUGCCCGCCGCGUCGCCCCCGCCGCCCGCGCCCGGCCCCGCCGCGCUGCCCCCCGCGCUGCUGACGGCGCUCGGGCCCGCGGCCGAGGGCGCCCGGCGCCUGCACAAGUCGCCGUCGCUGUCGUCGUCGUCGUCGUCCUCGUCCAACACCGAGUCGGGCACCGAGAGCCCCGGCUGCUCGUCGUCGUCCUCGAGCAGCGCCUCGCUCGGCCGGGCGGGCGGCGGCCGCGGCGGCGCCUUCUUCCACUUCGCCGACGGCCCGCCGAGCGCCCCCGGCGCGGCCAACGGGCACCCCGGGCCGCGCGGCCCCGCGCCCGCCGGCUCCCCGCCGCAGCACCAGUUCCACCCGGGCCGCCGGAAACGCGAGAACAAGGCCAGCACCUACGGCCUCAACUACCUGCUGUCGGGCAGCCGCGCGGCCGCGCUCAGCGGAGGGGGCGGCCCCGGGCCCCAGGCGCCGCGGCCCGGCACGCCGUGGAAGAGCCGCGCGUACAGCCCCGGCAUCCAGGGACUUCAUGAGGAAAUCAUUGACUUUUAUAACUUCAUGUCCCCUUGUCCUGAAGAAGCAGCCAUGAGACGGGAGGUGGUGAAGCGGAUCGAAACCGUGGUUAAAGACCUCUGGCCAGCGGCUGACGUGCAGAUAUUCGGCAGCUUCAGCACAGGCCUCUACCUCCCGACCAGUGACAUCGACUUAGUGGUCUUUGGAAAGUGGGAGCGCCCUCCUCUGCAGCUGUUGGAGCAAGCUCUGCGGAAGCACAACGUGGCCGAGCCGUGCUCCAUCAAAGUCCUUGACAAAGCUACAGUACCGAUAAUAAAACUCACAGACCAGGAGACUGAAGUUAAAGUGGACAUCAGCUUUAACAUGGAGACUGGGGUCCGGGCAGCAGAGCUCAUCAAGAAUUACAUGAAGAAAUAUUCAUUGCUGCCUUACUUGAUUUUAGUAUUGAAACAGUUCCUCCUGCAGAGGGACCUGAAUGAAGUUUUUACAGGUGGAAUUAGCUCAUACAGCCUAAUUUUAAUGGCCAUUAGUUUUCUACAGUUGCAUCCGAGAAUCGAUGCCCGGAGAGCCGAUGAAAACCUUGGAAUGCUUCUUGUAGAGUUUUUUGAACUCUAUGGAAGAAAUUUUAAUUACUUGAAAACUGGUAUUAGAAUAAAAGAAGGAGGUGCCUAUAUCGCCAAAGAAGAGAUCAUGAAAGCCAUGACCAGUGGGUACAGACCGUCGAUGCUGUGCAUUGAGGACCCUCUGCUGCCUGGAAACGACGUUGGCCGCAGCUCAUACGGGGCCAUGCAGGUGAAGCAGGUGUUCGACUACGCCUACAUUGUCCUCAGUCACGCCGUGUCGCCCCUCGCGAGGUCCUAUCCCAACAGAGACUCGGAAAGUACUCUAGGAAGAAUCAUCAAAGUGACCCAGGAGGUGAUCGACUACCGGCGGUGGAUCAAGGAGAAGUGGGGCGGCAAGGCCCCCCCGGCACCUGAGCCGGACAACAGAAUUAAGAUAAAAGAGCGAGUAAGUGCUUGCGACGGGGAUCCGCCCCAGCGCCGGGACCCGGAGUCCCCCUUCAGCCAGCGCCUGACCUUGUCUCUGCCCAGCCCCCAGCUGCUCUCGUCCGGCUCUUCCGCCUCCUCAGUGUCUUCACUUUCCGGGAGUGACAUCGACUCGGACACGCCGCCCUGCACAACACCCAGCGUUUACCAGUUCAGUCUGCAAGCGCCGACGCCCCUGCUGGCUGGUCUCCCCACCGCCUUGCCCAUGCCAAGCGGCAAGCCUCAGUCCGCCACUUCCAGAACGCUGGUCAUGACAACUAACACUCAGACCAGGUUUACGAUACCUCCACCGACCCUGGGGGUGGCCCCCGUCCCUUGCAGACAAGUCAGCGUUGAAGGAACUCCGGCGUUGAAAGCUGUUCACCACAUGUCUUCCCCGGCCAUUCCGUCCGCGUCUCCCAACCCGCUCUCAAGCCCUCACCUGUAUCACAAGCAGCACAGCGGCAUGAAGCUGUCCCUGAAAGGCUCCCACAACCACAGCCAGGGCGGCACGUACAGCUCUGUGGGCAGUGGAGGCGUGCGGCCCCCCGUAGGCAACCGAGGACACCACCAGUACAACCGCACCGGCUGGAGGAGGAAAAAACACACGCACACGAGGGACAGCCUGCCCGUCAGUCUGAGCAGAUAAUAGCCCCUGAUGGCGCCUCCCGCCCCCCCCUCCCCUCGGCCUCGGCGCCCAGCCGGGAACUGAGACCAGCAUCCAGCACGUCGGCCCGGGCCCUUCGGACCGCCCGCCGCUGACCACUCUGCAUGUCCCUCGUGUGGUGGUCACGUCCAUCUGAAAGAACAGCUCCUUGUGCUCAUCUGUGAAGCCUUAUUAAGCGUGGACGCUGUGUCUGCCUUCCCGGGACGCUUCUCCUUCAGGGCCGGAGCAGGUCUGGACCGGGACCUGUGGUACCGGCGGCCGGUCCGGGUCCGUUGUGGUUGGGGUGUGGCCAGGGCACGUCCGCCAGAGGAGCAGAGGUCAGCCCCCGUUCUCGCUCCUUCCCCAGGGGGUCGGGUUGGGAGGUCGCCAUUGUGUCACUGCCCUCACGUUUUGUUUUCAAAUUUCAGAACUGUUUUUCUAUGUAAAUAUUGAAAACUUAUGAUUUGUGCAAUAA